AUGACGAACAUCGCAAAAUGGCGCUGCCAACUGACAGAAUAUGAUAUCGAGUACGUGUUUCGCACGUCAAUCAAAGGGCAAGCAAUCGCCGACCACCUAGCGGAAUUCCCAAUUGAGGAUGACACACCGAUUAAUUCCGACUUCCCGGACGAAGGGAUCCUCCAAGUAGAUGAUGAGGAGGAUGAGCCGACGUGGAAGAUGUAUUUCGACGGGGCGGUCAAUUCCGUAGGAUCCGGAGUCGGCGCAGUGCUGAUAUCCCCUGACGGGCACCAUUAUCCGGUUGCUGCGAAAGUUGACUUCUCCUGCACCAAUAACAUGGCCGAAUACGAGACAAAGGACGCAAAGUUAAUCCCGUACCACGAGUAUCUCGAGGAGUUGACAAAAAGCUUCGAGAAGAUCUCAUUCACCUACACUCCGCGUACGAAGAACCAAUUUGCGGACGCGCUCGCAACACUCGCAUCCAUGGCGAGCAUCACAAAGGGGAACCUCAUCGAGCCCCUCGAGAUUGAGAUCGCCAAAGGUCCGACCUAUUGCGACGCCAUCGAAGCAACCGACGCUAAACCGUGGUACGAGGACAUCAAGCACCUCCUGCAAACGGGCCAAUAUCCUCCAUUCGUUGAUCGCCGCGACCGGAAGACGCUAAGACGACUAGUAGUGCACUACUUCUUAAGCGGCGAAACACUCUAUCGGCGAUCCUUCGACGCUACAUUGCUCAGGUGCAUCGACAUACACGAGGUGUGGCGUCUCAUGGAGGAGGUACACGGGGGAAGUUGCGGCCCUCACAUGAACUGGCUCAUGCUUGCCAAGAAGCUCAUGCGCUUGGGAUAUUAUUGGUCUACUAUGGAAACCGACUGCGUCAGGGAGACCUUCUCUGGAGGAGCAAUCAUUUUAAGCGACAUGGACGAAACAGAAAACACACUCCCGAUCAAUGCCGACGCUAUUAAGAAGUAUUAUCCCUGA